AUGGCGAGCCUUGAAUCUGUCAACAUCCUUUCUGAAGCGGCGUUUGGCUGCGAACAUCUUGCCACGAUCCUGCAAGAUCAAUCCACUGCGGGCCAGUUUAAGAAUGGGUACCGCAAACAAUUCGAGUCCCUGGCACCGUACACGAAGCCUGAGACGGCUGCAGUGCCGACUAGUGGCCUGCGGACCGUGGCUUCUUUGAAACCAAAGUACCACUGUUUGACCUGCUCGGAAGCCUGUCUGAACUCGGAACGCAAGGCCCACACGAAGAAGACUGGCCAUGCUUUCUAUAUGGAAUCACGCAACCGCUUCAUCUUCUGUGAGACGUGUGUGGAUUUUAUCUACGAUCAUGGCCUUGAAAGGCUCUGUGGCCCUUCUGGCAAGUUUGAAUAUCAAGAUGGCAAAGACCGAUGGAUUGAGGACUCUGCUUCGGAAGUCUAUGUCAAGAACAACGCUUACAAGAACCCUUGCUCCCGUCGUGGCGCCCGCGGUGUCUGGAACAUGGGACAGACCUGUUAUCAGGCUGUCAUUCUCCAAGCUCUGCUGCAUGAUCCGACUCUUAACGCGUAUUUCCUGGCCGGAGGUCAUGACAUCCACACUUGCAAGAGACCCUUUUGCAUGGCUUGUGCUGCCACUGAGAUAUUUAUGGAAUUCAACAGUGGUGAGAAAACCGAUGCAGUGUCGGCGGCUACCCUCCUCUAUCAUGGCUGGGAUGCGUCAAGAGAAAUGGCAGGCUAUCGCCAGCAAGACGCUCACGAAUACUUCCAGUUCCUAGUCAAUUCUCUUCACGCCGCCACCCCCGGCCACUCCGAAAGCUACGACACCAAAUGUGAAUGCUUCUUCCAUCGUACUUUCUACGGGGAACUUCGUAGCAGCGUGAUGUGCCACAAGUGCGGCAAAACCACCCACACUUAUGACCCCAUGGCGGACCUAAGUCUCGACGUGCAGCUGCAGAACAAGAAGCGCAAGCUGGGCCGAUCAAGUGGGACCGGUACCUCGAACCUGAUUAGCUGCUUGGAGAGCUUUACUGCGGUCGAAGACCUGCAGCACCACACUGAGGCGGCAUAUCAUUGCGAGAAAUGCGGCAACACGCCGCAGAGAGCCUCGAAGCGGCUGCAGAUCAACAAGCUGCCUAGUAUCCUGUGCAUGCAGUUGAAGCGCUAUGAGCACAACCAGGCCUCCUCCGAGAAGAUGCAUGGUCAUAUUGACUUCCCGAUUACCCUGAACAUGCUCCCCUACACCGUGAAGAAGGACAAGGAGCGCGUGGACACGUCGAAGUACAUUUACGAUCUGUCCACUGUCGUGGUCCACCAGGGCUCCAUGGAUUCGGGACACUACUACUCAUACACUCGCCUCGGAGGCGACCAGUGGGUGCUCAUGGAUGAUAACAAAGUGACUGUCGCCAGCAUCGCGGAUGUCCUCAAGCAGAACGCUUACCUGCUGUUCUAUGGCAUUCGCUCGAUUGAUCCCGAGAAAUGA